ACGAGUUAGGUGAGUUAUAGUCUAACGUGAGCGAGUUACCUACGUGGUUGCUUCAGGCUGAGCUCUAACCAGAUAACACGGCCAUCGGUUCUUGACAGAGAGAAAUAAGAUCACUUAGAAAGAAAGGAUCAUUUCUCCCUUGAGUCACAAGGAGACAGAAACAGAAAAAAAAAGAAGGCACAAAAGCUAUGCUGCUCCAAUCAAAACUGAAAAUGUUUUUAAUGUCUGAGCAAUCUUAAGAGUAUUGAUUUAAGUGGACAGGAUGACUGCGUGGCUGAUCUCUCUGAUGGGUGUUGAAGCACUACUUUUGGCAGUACCUCACCUGAGUUUACAUAUUGAACCUGAAGAAGGUAGCCUUGCAGGGGGAACGUGGAUUACAGUCAUUUUUGAUGGUUUGGAGUCGGGUGUUCUUUACCCUAACAAUGGCUCUCAAUUGGAGAUACACCUGGUGAACACGAACAUGGUGGCGCCCGCACUGCCGAGUAUCCCCUGUGACGUCUUUCCUGUUUUCUUGGAUUUGCCUGUGGUGACGUGCCGGACCAGAUCUCUGCUGUCUGAAGCACACGAGGGUCUGUACUCCCUGGAAGCAUACUUCGGGGGACAGUUGGUAAGCAGCCCAAGUCCAGGACCACGAGACAGCUGUACUUUCAAGUUUUCCAAGGCGCAGACACCCAUCGUUCACCAAGUUUAUCCGCCAAGUGGAGUUCCAGGAAAACUAAUACAUGUAUAUGGCUGGAUUAUGACCGGAAGAUUGGAAACUUUUGAUUUUGAUGCUGAGUACAUUGAUAGCCCAGUGAUCUUGGAAGCUCAAGGAGACAAAUGGGUUACUCCUUGCUCUCUUGUAAAUAGGCAGACGGGAAGCUGUUAUCCUAUCCAGGAGGACCAUGGUCUUGGGACUCUGCAGUGCCAUGUGGAAGGCGAUUACAUCGGCUCCCAGAAUGUUAGCUUCUCAGUAUUUAAUAAAGGAAAGUCAAUGGUCCACAAGAAGGCAUGGCUGAUCAGUGCUAAACAGGACCUUUUCCUAUACCAGACACACUCAGGGCCAAUGUCUUCUUGGGAUCAGGACUCACAGGCCAGAACUUCUUCACAGCAGAGGAGGCUGUAGGAAAAGAGGGUGUGGACAGCCAUGAAGAGCCCUGGGCUGAGCUCCUCAGGGGCUGACAUUCAAUCACUAGUUGAGCGUGGUUAAGCCUUUUAAGCUUUCUGAGCCUCAAUUAAGCAUCUCUAAAAUGGACAAAGUGGUGCUUAUCCUUCUUAUGCCAAAAGUCGUCUAAAGAGGUAGAGGAGGAAGAAUCUUGGAAUUCAUCCAAGAUUUCUCUUUCUUCCUCCUAUCCAUAUCCGUUCAAUCACAAUUUCUGCCAGUUUUUAUCUCUUAUUUAUGAUGUAUCUGUACAGCAACUGUCUGUUUCUGGACCCCAUCACCUCUUGUGUUACAUGCUGCAGUGGUUUCUAGAGGCCCCGACUUGCCCUCUGCCCCUUCAAGCCCCUCCCCCACAUUCUCUAUAUCAAGCAUAUGUCUGAUGCAUGGUUCCCUCCUACUCACCAUCCUCUGAUGGUUUGCUCUCCGCUACCAGAAAUGGGCCAAACUUCUGACAUCCUCCUUGUCUGUUUCUCCAGCUCUAUCUCUCUCUCUGUCAUACUCCAGCAACACUUGCAUGCACUAUGCAAUUUCUUCUCUCCAUGCUCAGGCUAUCUUUCCUUUUUAAAUGCCCUCUCCUUCUCCUCUUCGCUAGGCCACUUCUAAUUCAUCCUUUAAGACUCAGAUUAGUGUCAUCUCUAAACAUUUUCUUCUAUACCUCAAUACUCCCGUCCUACUCCUAAACUUCUCGUUCUUUCAUAUACUCUCUCAUUUCUCCAACCCAAGGUAUUAAAUGAUAGUUUUGCACACCUGCUUUACGAUGCUGAUCUUCUUGAGGACAAGAACUAGUUUGUAUUCAUCUUUAUAUCCCUAGUAUACCAUAUAAUAGGUGCUCUGUGAAUGUUGAAAAAAAUUGUCAAAUAUCUACAACUAUGUUAAAAGUUUAAGAACUUCAUAAAUUGUUUUGUCUUUGAUCUGUGUAAUUUUGAAUGCAUGACAAAAGAAUGUGUUAAUCUCCACAUAAAGCUAAUACAAAAUUCCAGUGCUAGUGUAAAAAAAAAGAAAUUUUAAAAUAGUAGGUUAAAAGCAGGGGGUUAUUAUGAUUAGCGGUGAAUUUUGGUAUCUGACUGUAAGGGAUCAAUCUUUGCCUCCAUAUGUCUCCUCUGCUUUGUCACAUGGGAAAAAGCAUUAUAAAAUAACCUCCUAAAAUGUCUAUUUUUCAGUGGUAACCAUUCAUCACUAGCCUUUGUACCUUCAGUUUACACAAAUGUAACUCCUCUUUUCUCUGGAGGGA